CCCGCUUCGAUGGUGUUAACUUAACUUUCGUUUUCACCGUUCGGCGUCUCAUCAGUAACACCGUAACAUUUUCGCAGGAGUGACGCGUUGGUCUUUAACAGUUAAAAGUUGUGGAGUUCUCGGAGAAUCUGUGAGUGCGCGAAAAGUUUUCGCUGGAACGACAAGCAAACGAGAAACGUUUGACGCGGUUUAAACGUAAGUUUUUUUGGUAAUUAAUUUUUUUUUCGAGAUGUGGAUACACCAGUUACUUCUAAUAACACUAGUGCAAGUGUUCUAUGUUUCUACAAGAUCAGUAGAGCCAAUAGACGAACCAAUUUGGUUAAAUAGACUGACGAAUAUUAUCGAUGACUUAGAGGACCAACCCAAGCAAGAAACUAAUAGAGACAGCGACGAUUUACCAUUUUAUGAAAUUAGUGACGAAAAAGACACUACGGAUGACGAUGAAGAACAAAAGACAUAUCCAGCAUCUGAUAAACGAGCAUUAUCAAUGUUCGCUAGAUGGGGCACCUUGAACGCGAUUGGCAAGGAAAGGAAUCCAAUUCGUAGCGGACUUAGCUCGAAGAAUCUUGAUUCAAUAAGUACGCAAACGAGAAGUCGAAUACUAGGACAACCACUGCGAUGGGGCUGAGAUGGUGACAUGACAAACUAGAUGGAAAAAUAACAAUAAUGAUGAAACAUUAAGGGUUUAUUAAACUUUUAGAGUGUAAUACAAAUCUUUUUUUUUAAUUCAAUAAAUAUUUGUAAAAUUAUUAUUCGAAAAAAAAACAGCAAGAUUAAAAAUUGUAUUAUUCAGUUGAAUAUUUAUGAUUAUUAUGUAAAGACUUUUUAAUUCAUUUAAGUAUUUUUAGGGUAUGAAAAGUUUUAUAAACCUUUAGGUUCAACGUAAGACUGUAUUUAAUACAUUAUAUUCUUAAUGCCUAAUUGAACUACCUACGUAUGUGAUAUCCUAAAUAAUAAACUGAAAAAAUCAAAAAAAUAAUUAUAAAUCAUACACAUUAUAACGAACCCUCUGAUAUACUUAGAUAAGAUCAAUGGCAUCAACUAACAUUAAAAUUUAUUUAGUAUUAUCAGGAAUAACUAAUACGCUCAUUUUGUUUUAUUUAUGAGGACGUUUUUAUUAGUUCAGUUAAAUACGUUUCAUUUUAUUUUUAGAAAUCCCAGAAUAAUUAUUAUUAUAUACGAUUGCCCCUAAAAUAGAUAAAUCAAACUGAUAAUACUGUAGUUUAUAGUAUGACGUCGCUUGGGUGCCAAGGCAUGACAGGAAAUCAAAGGUAGACCUCCUAGGAAGAUGUGGAUCUAAAGAAUAGUGGAUAUGCCUGUAUUUGGCAUUCCUUGAUACGUGGCUAUCCAGUACAGUGGACUAAAGAAUCAAAUAUGAAGACAAAAGGUCUUCCACGACAUUAAUAAUGGUUGAAAUUCUAACAAGAAAUUAGUUAUUAAAUCUAAUUAUCCAAGAUCAAAGUAAUGAGACAAUCGUAGGGAUACUUAAUACCCUAAGAAAACAUAUACUGAAUAUAAUGGAAAUGGAAAUAUAUUGUAACGUAAAUCAAAAACACACUUCUUUUUGGAACACAUUGACUCUAAUAAUACACUUUUAUGUAAGCUCUUCUUUUAUAACACACUCUUCUUUUAUUGACUGGCUUUGACUAUCUUUCAAUUUAUUCUAAGGUAAACAACAAAACUGAAUUAAAUGUCACGAAACGCGAUCCCUUUUAAAGACUUAUG